AUGCCACAGUCAUCGUAUCCAUCCGACCAAUCUGUCGAAGAUCUCUUGAGUAGUUGGGAGCCCGGUACAAAGCUUGAUCUAAGUUUGAGAAACUCGUAUAAUCCCAAAGGGGCAGAAUCUUCAAAUUGGUUUGAUCAAAGUGACGGUCAACAGCGAAGUUGGUCCCCUACACCUGAAUGCUACGAUCGCUCGUCCACCCCAGGCUCACAAGCUCCUUCUCUCUCAUCAUCGAAUUAUUCGUCCUCUGAUCGAAGUCCGCCCACACCAGUUGUCUUUCCUGUCAUACCCGAAGAUGAAUCCCUACCUUCGGACGCAUUCUCCUCUUCACAGAAUGGGGCAUCUUCCUAUCAUGAUCAACCAUCAGCUCAAUUCGUUUCAGAAGAUCGAUAUACUCGCUCACCGUCACCUCUCCAAAUCAGGCCACCAGCAGACUCGGGAGGACAAGAGAAUUCUAAACCAUCCCAAAGAAGACCUAACAAAACAGCGCAGUUGCAGGACUGGGAUUUCCAGUGGUCGAGACCACGUUCGACAUCAGAGCCUAGAUCAGACUCAGCCCAUUCACGUGCUUCGGAAAGCGACUAUGGGGGAUCACCUAUCUCUACUUCACCUUUCCCAUCGUUCCACGAUCGUGGUCCUUCACCUUCUGUAUCCGACUUCUCUGACUUCUCCGGUGCUUGGUCUUCCUCUUCCGAAAGGUCGACCCCUGCGCCAUCUCUACCAGCUGGCGGUCGGAACAGCAGCUCGUAUACAGGUCUACAGCGAGGGACUGUAACGCAUGGACGAGGUUACAGAUCGUCUUCAAGUGUGGCCUCCUCAGGUGCGAGUUCAUUCUCGUCUGGACAAUCUCAAGGUAGUGAAAGUGCCAAGAUCAGACCGACAUUGGAUCCCAAUUCAGCGUACAGUCGGUUAAUUCUCGAAAGGGAAAGUCGACCAGAUGAUACCGCCUCAGGAGUAUCUGAAGGUAGAGUACUUCCAAGUCUAUCAGCUUGGGCUAAACAGCAGGCGAAACAGAAGGGAAGCACGAAUAGAGGAUAUCACAGAGGACUAGAUGGUGUGAAAUCAAGAUUUCAAUCAAGUACGCCUGGUUUGACUACGAUUGAACGUACUGACCCGGAAACGGAGGCAUUCUGGAGUAGCAUGGAACAGCAUACAGCUGAACAGACUCAAGCGCUCAAGGAGUCUCGUGCCAAUAGGUCGAUCGCGUCAAAGAUCAGCUGGAUAGCCUCUCAAGUGAGAAGCGUUGUCAAAAGAUUUUCACAUGAUUAUAAUUCCUAUGUGGGCAGAAAAGAUAAAGGUGAGAUUGCAACGGCUAGUAAUGGGGAGAGUGGGAAAUCGAACAAGAAGCGAAAUUGGUUUGCAAACCGUAAAUGUAAUAAAGUAAAAAGUAACUCAUCAAAUUCAACCUCACAAAGUUCAAGUACAAGUACAGUUUUCUCACCUGUAUCGCCCCGCUAUGAAGAAUCACCCCGUAAUCCAUCCAGAAACUCAUCGAUACGAUCCUCAAGUUCUACUUGUACAGUCUCACGCAACGCAUCUUCUACUCAGUCGAGAAUCUCGACUAGCAGAUCACCAACAUUGCUGCAGGAUGAUAAUUGGCUGGGAGAUGGCGGGCUGGGUAUAGAUGUGGAUCAACUUGGUAGAGAGUAG